UUUGUUUGUCACUCAGUCUGUGAGCCAUUGAAGCGAUUGAUUGGCUGUUGUGUUGACGUCUGACUGAAUGGUGACAACAAUGACACCUCAAGACUGAUCCCAAUCGCCGCAGACAUCGCACACAUGACGGACACGAAGCGAAGAGUGAAGUUGUAUGCGCUGAACGCGGACCGCCAGUGGGACGACAGGGGAACGGGACACGUCUCGUCCUCUUAUGUCGAUCGCCUCAAAGGCAUGAGUCUUCUGGUGAAGGCCGAGUCGGACGGCUCGCUGCUCCUCGAGAGCAAGAUCUUGGCGGACACGGCGUACCAGAAGCAACAGGAGACGCUCAUCGUGUGGUCGGAGGGCGACAACUACGACCUCGCGCUCAGCUUCCAGGAGAGGGCGGGUUGUGACGAGAUUUGGGCGAAGAUCUGUCAGGUCCAGGGAAAGGACCCGUCGGUCGACAUCACGCAAGAGAUCCAGGAGGAGGAGGACGAGCGCUUCGACGACCAAAACGACUCGGUGAUGCUUUCGGACGACGCGCUCUUCGACAUCAUCGGCGUCUUCGAGUACGACCCACAGCUCGCGCACCCGAAGCGUCAUCGCGAGUACCUGAAGAGCGUCUCGCGCUUCAAGGAAGUGAUUCCUCUGGGAAACCCGGAACUGGUCGCCAAAAUCCAUCAGACCUAUCGCGUGCAAUACAUCCAGGAGGUGGUGCUGCCCACGCCCUCCGUCUUCGAGGAGAACAUGUUGUCGACGCUCUCGUCCUUCAUUUUCUUCAACAAAGUCGAGAUCGUGUCUCUCAUCCAAGAGGACGAGAAGUUCUUACGCCAACUCUUCGCCCAAUUGGCCGACGAGGCGACCGAAGCGGACAAACGGCGCGAUCUCGCACCUCCUCGCUGGCCAUCGAACUGCCGCAGUGCGAGAGCGAGCGCUUGGACGAGAUUUCGGAACUGAUGGCCACGUGUUUGCCGUAUCCAAUCAAACGCGAGAAACUCGCCAUCGCUUUGGAGACCGAGAACUACAUCAAGAAGUUGUUGCAAUUGUUCCGCGCGCUCGAAGACCGGAAGGACGUGCGCGCGCUCCACAAGCUCUACGAGAUCUUUAAGAACAUAUUCCUCCUCAACAAGAACCCACUCUUCGAAGUGAUGCUUUCGGACGACGCGCUCUUCGACAUCAUCGGCGUCUUCGAGUACGACCCACAGCUCGCGCACCCGAAGCGUCAUCGCGAGUACCUGAAGAGCGUCUCGCGCUUCAAGGAAGUGAUUCCUCUGGGAAACCCGGAACUGGUCGCCAAAAUCCAUCAGACCUAUCGCGUGCAAUACAUCCAGGAGGUGGUGCUGCCCACGCCCUCCGUCUUCGAGGAGAACAUGUUGUCGACGCUCUCGUCCUUCAUUUUCUUCAACAAAGUCGAGAUCGUGUCUCUCAUCCAAGAGGACGAGAAGUUCUUACGCCAACUCUUCGCCCAAUUGGCCGACGAGGCGACCGAAGCGGACAAACGGCGCGAUCUCGUGCUCUUCCUCAAGGAGUUCUGCACUUUCUCGCAGACUCUUCAGCCGCAGAACCGCGAGAACUUCUUCAAGGCUUUGGCCUCUCUCGGCAUUCUUCCCACUCUGGAGGUCAUCCUCGCGAUGGACGACUUGACCAUCAAAUUGGCUUCCGUUGAUAUACUUACUUAUGUCGUCGAAUACUCGCCUUCAAUGGUCAGGGAGUAUGCGCUGCAACAGGAGUCCUCUCAGGACGAGGAGCAGUUCGUUGUGAACAUCAUAAUCGAGCAAAUGAUUUGCGACUCCGACCCCGACCUCGGAAUGGCCACUCAGUUGUCCGGAAUCGUCAAACUCCUCGUCGACCCCGAGAACAUGUUGGCCGCCACUGUCGUCAACAAGUCGGAAAAGACGGAUUUCCUCAACUACUUCUACAAGCACUGCAUGCAUGUGCUCAUCGCCCCUGUGCUCGCCUCCACGUGCGACG